GUAAAUGUUAUGAAUGGACUCAUCGAAAUACCAUACGAACCACCUUGCUCGGUCUGGGAAAUUUUAUCUUCGAUUUUGCCCUCAAGUGAGCAUGAUAUUGUGAGAAAGGUUUUGGGUCCUAGUUUGGUCGAGCAAGCUAACGAUUUGCACGAGGAAGUAAAAUGCUUGCUUGAAAUAUGGGAGUACAUCACCUACCAGACUCCUAAGAAGAACCUUCUUUUGGAUCAAUCAGCUGUUAAAGACCGUUUGAUUAAAGAAGUUUCACUUCUAUUAGACGUGCUGAGGGACAGAGCAUCACAGGAAGGAAAGUCUUUGGAGGACUUUCUGCAGAAACACAAUUCCAAAGUUCUCGACUUCUGCUCAAGGCCAGCUACAUCGCGGCCAUCUAGCUCCAGGCGAUCAACAGCAAGCUCUAGUGGACGGCAAACUCCAGUCAUAGCGAUGGAUUCGGAAAGGCUCUCCAAAGUUGAAGGCUACAACAGUCAGGUUGAAAUCAAAUUGAAAGCGCUGCAGCCCAAGAUGAAGUAUUUAGAAAUGAGGGAAAUUACAACAGUUUUACGGCAGAUGUUGGGCAGAGAAAUAUCGCAGUUGAAAGAAGAUAUCACUUUUCUUCAGAAGUGUCUAGAAGACCCAAACGACGAACCAAGUUUGGGUGAACUCAAAGAGGAAAGAAACAAACUUGAAUCGAGGAUAUUACUUACUGGAGAAGACAAACAAUUUAAUUCGACUAGCUCAGGUCUACCAAAAAAGUCAGGAAAGAUUCAGUUGGAGCCAUUACCCGUGCGAACGUCUCCGGUUUCAUCUGCCAAUGAGAAAUCAAGACGAAAAGAGUUUUUUAAAAGCGGAAAUAGUGGCUCGAGUAAAAUCCCUCAAGUCUCUACUUCGCAGCCUCUAAAACUGAGUAAAGCGGACAAACUGAGGGCAAUAGUUGAUUCAAGCAAAAGCUAGGCUCUGUAAAUUGUAAAUAUGUACGUAUUUUAUAGAUAGAGAGUAAAAAUGACCAAUUUCCCAUGCUUGA